CGGUUUUGCGGACAGGGUAGUUGGGUGGAUUGCUAGCAGCAGUCACAUGACUGGGUAACGAUUUCAGGGUUAGCUAUCAGUUUCCUGAAACAAACUUGAUAAUCAUGCCUACCACACAGCAGUCGCCUCAGGAUGAGCAGGAAAAGCUACUUGAUGAAGCAGUGCAGGCUGUCAAGGUCCAGUCGUUUCAGAUGAAGCGUUGUCUGGACAAGAACAAGCUGAUGGAUGCAUUGAAACAUGCAUCUAACAUGCUAGGGGAACUGAGGACAUCCAUGUUAUCUCCAAAAAGCUACUAUGAACUCUACAUGGCCAUUUCCGACGAGCUGCACUACCUGGAGGUGUAUCUGACUGAUGAGUUCAUCAAGGGCAGGAAGGUGGCUGACCUCUACGAGCUGGUUCAGUAUGCAGGGAACAUCAUCCCUAGACUGUACUUGCUGAUCACUGUGGGGGUGGUGUAUGUCCGCUCCUUCCCACAGUCACGUAAGGACAUCCUGAAGGACCUGGUGGAGAUGUGUCGCGGAGUGCAGCACCCUCUGAGAGGCCUUUUCCUCCGAAACUACCUGCUGCAGUGCACCCGCAACAUCCUGCCUGAUGAUGGGGAGCAGACGGAAGGGGAGGAGUCAAUGACUGGAGACAUCAACGACUCCAUCGACUUUGUCCUGUUGAACUUCGCUGAGAUGAAUAAGCUGUGGGUGCGCAUGCAGCACCAGGGCCACAGCCGAGACCGGGAGAAGAGGGAGAAGGAGAGGCAGGAGCUGCGCAUCCUGGUCGGGACCAACCUGGUCCGACUCAGCCAACUGGAGGGGGUCAACGUGGAGAAGUACAAACAGAUUGUGCUGUCAGGUGUUCUGGAGCAGGUGGUGAACUGCAGAGAUUCUCUGGCUCAGGAAUAUCUCAUGGAAUGCAUCAUCCAGGUUUUCCCUGAUGAGUUCCACCUUCAGACACUGAACCCGUUCCUUCGCUCCUGUGCUGAACUGCACCAGCACGUCAAUGUGAAAAACAUCAUCAUCGCUCUCAUUGACAGACUGGCUUUGUUUGCUCAUCGAGAAGAUGGACCUGGAAUUCCUGCUGAGAUCAAACUGUUUGAUAUUUUCUCCCAACAAGUAGCCACAGUUAUACAGUCCCGCCAGGACAUGCCUUCGGAAGAUGUUGUGUCACUGCAGGUGUCCCUCAUCAACCUGGCCAUGAAGUGCUACCCUGACCGGGUGGAUUAUGUGGACACAGUGUUGGAGAGCACAGUGGAGAUCUUCAACAAGCUCAACCUGGAGCACAUUGCAACCAGCAGCGCUGUCUCAAAAGAGUUGACUAGGCUCCUGAAGAUCCCAGUGGACAGCUACAACAACAUUCUGACGGUUCUGCAGCUCAAGCAUUUCCCUCCACUUUUUGAGUACUUUGAUUAUGAGUCUCGCAAAAGUAUGAGCUGUUACGUCCUGAGCAAUACUCUGGACUACAACACCACCAUUAUAGCCCAAGAGCAGGUGGAUGCUAUUUUGACACUGGUUUCAACGCUCAUCCAAGACCAACCAGACCAGCCCGCUGAAGACCCAGAUCCAGAGGACUUUGCAGAAGAACAGAGCCUUGUGGGUCGCUUCAUCCAUCUGCUUCUUUCUGAUGACCCGGACCAACAGUAUCUGAUCCUCAAUACAGCCAGGAAGCACUUUGGUGCUGGGGGAAACCAGAGGAUUCGGUACACCCUACCACCGCUGGUGUUUGCUGCUUAUCAGCUGGCCUUCCGUUACAAAGAGAACUCCUCAUCCGAUGAUAAAUGGGAGAAGAAGUGCCAGAAGAUCUUCUCGUUUGCCCACCAGACCAUCAGCGCUCUGAUCAAGGCAGAGCUGGCUGAACUGCCCCUCAGACUCUUCCUCCAGGGUGCGCUGGCGGCUGGGGAGAUUGGCUUCGAGAACCACGAGACUGUAGCAUACGAGUUCAUGUCACAGGCGUUUUCUCUGUAUGAGGACGAGAUCAGCGACUCCAAGGCCCAACUGGCAGCCAUCACUCUGAUCAUUGGCACGUUCGAGAGGACAAAAUGCUUCAGCGAGGAAAACCACGAGCCCCUGAGGACACAGUGUGCGCUCGCCGCCUCCAAACUGCUCAAGAAGCCGGACCAGUGCCGGGCGGUCAGCAUCUGUGCACAUCUGUUCUGGUCCGGACGCAACACCGAUAAGAACGGAGAAGAGAUUCGUGAUGGGAAGAGAGUAAUGGAGUGUUUAAAGAAGGCGCUGAAAAUUGCCAACCAAUGCAUGGACCCUUCAUUGCAAGUGCAGCUCUUCAUUGAGAUCCUGAACAGAUAUGUCUGCUUUUACGAAAGGGAGAACGAUGCGGUGACAGUCCAGGUUCUUAACCAGCUGAUCCAGAAGAUCCGAGAGGACCUUCCCAACCUGGAGGCCAGCGAGGAGACUGAGCAGAUCAACAAACACUUCCACAACACACUGGAGCACCUGCGUCUGCAGAGAGAGUCGCCGGAGGCUGAGGGGGCUGCGUAUGAGGGCCUGGUGCUGUAGGGGGCGCUACACUUAUAAAUAGCUAUAUAUAUAUAUUUACACACACCGACACAUGUACACUUACACCAGGGUAUUCCAUCCAGUGGGACCAAACCAACCCCACCAACAACACCUGCCUUCAUUGCUCUUUUUCCCCUCUAUCCUUUUCUCUGUCACUUUUUCCUUCCAUCACGCCCCUUUAUUUCAUGUUACCGUUGUAACAUAAGGUGUUGGCUUUUGAGAAUACAUCGUGUACAGGCUGCACUUACUUUGCCUUGCACUUCCUGCGUGUUUUCAUUCCUACGUAUUUCACAGGUUUUUCUUUUGUCUUCAAACGUUGAAGAUCUAGCCAGUGGAAGCUCUUGUUUGGAAUGUGACGAACCCCACCCCCACUCCUCUCCGUGUGUCGUCAUUCUUUCAUGGUCAUGCAAAAGAGUGGAACAACGCCUGCUUUGAUUCGAGCUGUUCGCCGCGUUGCUAAUUAGUUUCACCUGGGAGAGUUAACCUACGGGCCGUACGCCGCAACCCUCUUCGCACACUCACACUUGGGCAGUCGACCGUAGGCUUUUCUUUGCCUUCUAUCUCAUCGUUCCCACAAAUGCUUUACUCGUUGUCUUUUGAGCUUCUAUUUUUAUUCCUGGUUGCAGCCUUACUUGUGUGGCCACCAGCCAUUUGUAGAGAGCUAAGAGGAGUGUGUUGGUGCAUGCUUUUAAACAUAGACCUGCUUUGGAUAUCUCACUGAGUGUUAACAGGAACUGGUUUGUAUGAUAUCCCUUUGUCACUGGAGCUACUACAGUGGCAGCUAACAUUAAUUUCUUAGAUGUCCACAUUGAUUGAAAGACCUCAAUUUGGGUCGAGUUCUAUUAAUCCUGUUCUCUUCUGGACCCCUAUGUAUUGUAUCUAUAGCCUACUUGUAAAUCAGCAGAAACAGAAUAAAUAUCAUCAAUAUCAUGUCAUUUGCACAAAUAAACAAAUUGAUAUUAACCCUA